CACACACUCUGUACCGUGCAGAGGCUGUAGAGCAUAGGAGCGCUCACACUCACAGUGAGAUGCAGUGAGUGGAGACUGUUGGAGCUCUCAGACACAUCACACAGACGUUUGGAUUAGUUUUCUGUGUUUUUACUUGGUGAGGUGGACCCACGCCGGAUGAUCAGUCAUGGGGGAGUGGACCAUCCUGGAGCGGCUGCUGGAGGCAGCGGUCCAGCAGCACUCCACCAUGAUCGGCAGGUAAGACGGAAAUGUGCAGUUCUCCUACUUAACGGAGGUGAGAGUUUUAGUCUGGAGGUCAGAGUUCAGCAUUAAGGUUGAAGGUUGAAGAAAGGUGAAGAAGCAGAGAACGCUGGGGCUUCUUAAUCUUGAUAGUGGACUCAUGAGUUUGUAUGUUUGCAAUUUAAAUAAGACAUUAAAAUGAAUCAGACACCUGCUGGUCUCAGUGAAAUACCCAGGUAAUAGAAAGGGUUCAUAUGCAAAGAAUCAAAGGGGUUCUACAAACACAACCACAGGACUUUCUCUCAGCUCCAUUACCAGAAGACCUGUUUGUACUGAACCAGCUGAGGCAUAUGUUGAGAUCUUCAUCUGAGGUUUUCUGUGUGACACAAAUAGACUAACAACUAAAGGGGAAAAGGCGUUAGCUGUGACUGCUCCAAAACUCUCAAGGAGAUCAGGUCAGCUGAGGCCGUGAUCUCUGUAAAGUUCUUCUGAUUUCACCAAAAGUGACUUUUACAUGAAUUUUAAACAAGAAUUUCUUCUUUCAAAGACUUUUUGGACUUCCCCUGAACAUUUCUUUCAAAAGUUUUGACUUCAAGAGGUGGACACGGUUUAUCAAAAGUGUCACUCUGUUAUAAAGACGUCAACUUCAUGAACAGUUGGGGCCUGAUCUUAAUAAGAUCCCAAAUAACAAGCUUUAAAUGCAUGUGCAAACGAAAAAAUUACACGUGCUAUUCAUGAGUGUGUUGUGGGUAAUCUACUAUGAUUGUGUGCGCAAUUGAUAGCAGGUGCAAAAGCGGUGUGGACCACCCUAUUUCAAUGAAGUUCUUGCGUGUGCUACCGGCUGUCACUAUUACAAGUUCGGAGAGCAGACUGGCCAUAAAUGAAAAAUUAAGUUUGAAGCCAUAGAGUUGCACUUAUCUUUUUGGGGAAGCAAGUAACUGCAUUUAAAGUCAUGUUUUGUGUCAUUUAUCUAUUCACAAAGACCCAAUGUCUGCCAAAAUUGAGUCCUGACCCGAGCCCAUACUUGGCCAAACUUUAAACUUUAUCAAAAAAAGGGAUAUUACGAGCCUACUUAGGUAAACAAAUUGACUGUAUACCAGUAUGCCUUCCUUGUUGCACCAAUUUCUGCAAAGUCAGCAACCAUGAGCAAAUGUGUCACAAAGGAGCUAUAAUUUUUAAAAUCUUACAGAAAUAAUCUCCUCUCCAUGGCCAACAGAUGUGUCAGGCAACAGCAGAGAAAACUGUAUUCAACCAAAGUUAAAGGUAUAAAUCACUGUUUUGUGAAAUGCAAAACCGAAUAGUCAGUAUAUUAACAGAAGUAUCCCCUUCUGUUUAUUUAUUUAUUUAUUUUUAACAGUAGUACAAUACAAUAGUUUUGCGCUUAUUUCAACAGACUUCUGUUCUGUUUCUGACAACUUAGAGCACCUGGGCGGGUCUGGCCAAAACAACAAUGGUUGACUACAGGGUUGUGUUCGUGUUGCAGAAGCUACUGAGCUUGUUGUGGAUGUUAAAGCUAAAUUUGAUGCUCCCUUAAAACCAGCGAAAACAACCUUUUCUGGUGUCUUCUUCACAGACUGUUGAACUGUAUACAACAGAAAACCUUUAUGCACGUACUCCAUACUCUUCUUCUGUCUUUUGGUGCAUUUCAAGGGCAGCACUACUGCACCACUUCCUGGCUUAGCAUAUGCACUAUAUUGUUUUCAGUCGUUUUCAGUGGUUUUGUAUUCAGGCAGAUAUUUCCUGAACCAAUUCCAUCUUUACAGAAAACUUUUUCAAAACCAAAUGGCAAUAUGUUGUUUUCAUCUUCUUGUGGACCCAAGGUCUAACCCACCAAACAUCGGACAUUGAAGAGACGUGCAGAUCAAGUCAGUAUUGGGUCGGUCCGUCAAAGACCACAUAUAGACGUCAGUGCGAUGUGCAAAAUAGGUUAGAAAUUUCGACGUCCAAAUUGGACCUUUUUUAGACGUUGCUCCAACAUUAAGAAUUUGGACGUCAUCUGAAGACCAAAUCUAGAUGUCGGCACAUUGUGCAAAAUGGAUCCAAGAUUUAGACGUCAUUGUUGGACCUCUUUUAGACGUUGAAAUGAUGUCCACAUUUGUACCUCAUUGUCAAAAAAAUUUUCUAAAUAGAUGUCAUUUCCAUGUUGUAUUGCGCAGUGGGAAGAUUAAGCCAGUAUUUCCACACCUCUGAGGAGAUUGAUAUACUUAGUUUGGAUUUUGAAAUGCAGUUUCCUCUGAUCUCAGCAGCACCUGUAUGCUUAGCUCGUAGGUGUUAUGAAAACCAGAUCUGGACGAGUCCUCUAUAUUUGAAACCAGACUAAGGUGUGUCCAAAAGGAGCAGAAACCAUCUGAGAGUUCAUGCUAAGUUAACAUUGGCUGUGACAUAAUGAUUUUGUUUGUUCUGUGUUCCAUCAGGAUCCUGCUGACUGUGGUGGUGAUCUUCAGGAUCCUGAUAGUGGCCAUUGUCGGGGAGACUGUGUAUAAUGACGAACAGGCCAUGUUUGUGUGUAACACCUUACAGCCAGGCUGUAACCAGGCCUGCUACGAUCAGGCCUUUCCCAUCUCCCACAUCAGGUACUGGGUGUUCCAGAUCAUCAUGGUGUGCUGUCCCUCACUCUGUUUCAUCACGUACUCCGUCCACCAGUCUGCCAAGAACAGGGAGCGUCGAUACUCCACUGCCUACCUGUCCUUGGACAAAGACCAGGACCCGAAGAGGAAUGAAAAGAAGAUAAAAAACACAAUCGUGAACGGAGUCCUGCAGAACACGGAGAACUCCACCAAAGAGGCCGAGCCGGACUGCCUGGAGAUCAAAGACAUCCCAAGCUUCCCCAUCAGGACCACCAAGUCUAAGAUGAGACGGCAAGAGGGCAUCUCCAGGUUCUACAUCAUCCAGGUAGUGUUCAGGAACGCCCUGGAGAUCGGUUUCCUGGUGGGUCAGUACUUCCUGUUUGGGUUUAACGUGCCAGCAGUGUACGAGUGUGAUCGGUACCCGUGCAUUAGAGAGGUGGAGUGUUAUGUUUCCAGACCCACAGAGAAGACUGUGUUUUUGGUCUUCAUGUUUGCUGUCAGUGGGAUCUGUGUGGUCCUGAACCUGGCUGAGCUGAACCACCUGGGAUGGAGGAAGAUCAAGACUGCUGUGAGAGGAGUGCAGGCCCGCAGGAAGUCCGUCUACGAGAUCAGGAACAAAGACCUGCCCAGGAUGAGCAUGCCGAGCUUCGCACGCACGCAGUCAAGUGACUCUGCUUACGUCUGAACAAUUCCUGUAGCACACAAAGACGAUCAGAAGUUUCAGGAUGAUAUCUUUUGUUUUCACAGACUAAACUUCAGUCAAGACCUUUUUUUGUCAAAGAGAUUUAUUGUUUGCAUACAAUAAGUUAUAUUUGGCAGUGUGGCUCUGUUCUUCAGGCUCCCUGCCCUUCCACGUGGGUUCGUGAAACGCAAAGCCUGAGGUGGGGAAAAUACAAUGCUCUCUUGUUUCAUGAGCAUACACAGAAAACUUAGACAGGGGGAGCAGCAGGAACAGAACAGAGCAAACACCAGUGACGAUACAUACCCUUGUAAAAUCACAUCAUGAAAAGCAGAAGCCAGAGAGGAGGGGGGUUUACAGCAGCUUGUGGAGGAAGGAGUGAAUGUGAAAAGGUUAAACUGAUGUUUCCUCGUAAGAUAUGUUGAAGGUAAACGGCUAAGCUAUCAGCUGAUGUGUGCUGAGCUGAACUUUUUGGCCUGCCUGAACUAACUCUUAAGGUAAAUGUGUGAAACUGAAAAUGAGUCAAAUAAUAUUUGACUCAGACAGAGGUUUCUCGUGGUGACUCUCUGAACACUUGACAAAGAUGAUGACUAUAUUUUUAUCUUUAGGCGCAAGGGCGGAGCUACAGACAGACCCCAGCCGAUUCAUACAAAAUAAUUCCUAUAAUAACAGUCUUUAUGUAGAUAUAUUAUUUCUUUGGUCAUCCAGAGGUUAAAUUGAAUUGUCUUGUUGACUGAAGGCUUUGAAUGUGACAAAGCUGACAAAUAUACCACAGAAGCUACACAGUUGUUUUUGUGAACUACACCCUAACUUUAAUAUAAGGGGAAACUGCCACCAGAGCAAAUUAUUUAUACAUUUUUUGUAUUUUGAAACUGAGAAAAAGUCUGUAAUUGUUCAGACAGUGAUGAAGCAAACUGCUGACACUGAAUCAGAUUCCUGCUCACUGUUCGUCCUUCACAUUGACCAAGAUACAAACACGCCGGAUCCACUUUCCCCAGAAUGCAGCCCUCAGAGACCUGUACAUAUCUGAUGGGGGCAGAGGUGAGCAGAGUUUACUGUAGGGUUAGACUGCUCUACAUUGGCUUUGCGUGUAUAAAAUCAUGCAUCUUCACCGACCUUAAAAAAAACCUGCAGCUUUGUAUUUUUGGCCUUUCAUGGGCUGUAUGCCUUAUUGAACAUAAUUUUCACAUAUUUCCAGUUUCAGUUCAAAUGUCUGUCAACAUGGAAACAUAUAAUAAGAACCUUCUGCCUUAAAUUUCCCUUUAGGAUCUAAAAUGUUCAGUCUACAGUGCACGGUUCAAAGUGAUUCAGGGCUGGUCAGACUGUUUUGCAAGUAACACAAUCCGGACAGGAUUGGAUUAAGUCUCUUGACUAUACAUAGGCUCAGGUUGAGAACACCAUGAAUCAAGCCAAUCAGUAUGUCUGCUCUUAUUCUCUUUGAGAGUCAGGUGCAUCUGCAGGCAGGCGUGUUACCAUUUACAGAGAGAAUUUCAGACAAAUGAACUGGUCUGAAGUGGCAUAUUUAACCUUCCUCCAUCUAACGUGCCUCCAAAAGUGAAGCAAAUACACACAGUCCACAGUUUGAGUUGUGUCAGUGCAUUUAUUUAUGUUUAAUUUAACUAAAGCAUUCCUCCAAAAAGCAGAAGUGACUUUCCAAAUUGAUAGAGGCAUGUAAAAAUCAUGCAUGAAGCACAGUGGUGUAAAUUUCUUAAUUAUCUUUAUGUAAUUGAGAGCACACAAUGUAGAACCUGACAAUGUAAAGGCAAAGAAAUACACCAUGUGAGACUCAUACUGUCUUAUUAUCCUGCGGAUGCUUUGUGUGUCCUCAAGAGCAAGGUGCCACCUUGCUUUAGGACAAGGUAGAGAAUAACAAUAAUCCUUGUGCUGCACGCAAAACAUGUAGCUCCAGGCAUAAAGUAGGGCCCUAUAUUUUCAACCGAGACUUUAUGUAAUUAGCCCAAAGCCAGCGAGAUACUACUUGAGAAAUUUACAGUGAGACUGAUUUAUGUUGUUAUGUUCAAUCUAAAGAGAACCAGCAGGUUAAUGUUUUGUUGUCAAGGUAAAAAGUCUUUUUUUACAAAUUUUUGCUCCUCAAACAGACACUGAUACUGAUUCUAAGCAGCUUUAUUCUAUACAAAAUAUUUGCACACAAAUUCCUAAUUUUUUUUUAACUGAUUGCUGCGUACAAGCAUGAAACAGAGCGUGCAGAUUCAGAGUUAUAACUCUAGGUUUUUUUUUGUUGGUAGGUUUAUGUUGUGGAGUAAACUCAGGUUAUUGUUAUAGAUGGGCUUGUUGCUCUUUGAAUCAGAAGAGACCAAACUAAAAACAAACAACACCAGACUGAGGUAUCUAUACUUUUAAUGUGUAUGAGGUGGGACUUAAUAUGUGAUAUAUUAUAUCUGUGAGAUGCUCUGAGUGAUGUCUCAUAUAAGGGCCUAUGCCUACUCACAAAUAAAAUAAAGUCAGGGUGCAUGAGAUAAACCAAUGAAGGGGAAGACUGGGAGAGAAUUACCAGGCAGUACAAGCGCUUUUCUGGAUGUCUGAGUUUAUCUCAAACUCGGCGUAGUCUGAUCUGAGAUUUGUCUGGAAAGAUUAGCCCAUCCAUUGCGCCUACUCUGACCUCUUUUAGUCUGGUCUGAAAAGAUCAGGUUUUUAAGUGACCCCUAAAAAACUAAACUGUCUUUCCAGUGCUGUAGACAAAGAUAGAAAUUGAAAAGUUAACCAGUCUUGAUUUUUAUUGCUCAGUCAGGAAGAAGUGACACCAAUGAACCAUUUUUUGGCUUUUAGGAUGCUCAGUGCCGAACAGACUCAACUGCAUUUUUUUGUUCUGAAAAAAAAAAAAAAGGAAAUUAUACAAACAUCGCAAAUGGACACAGGCCCUUGAUAAGUGAAACCACAAACACAAAUGACAGAUGUAUCUCUCUAAACAUCACACUGAGAGUUUAUUUUAAUGUUUUUGUGUGUUUCGUUUGUUUUGAAUUAAAUGUUGUGUUGCCUGAGCUCACACCACUGACCUUAAACCUGACCACCAGUCCUUCUACUUGGCUGACACUUUUUUUUAUUCUAUUUGUAACACGUAAAGACACUUUUAAUUUGUCCUUUUGUACGAGUAAUAAGUGCCAAACAUGUACAAAUAUAUCUAUAAUGUAACCUUUGUAAAGUGUUAUUAGAAAAUGUUAGAUUGUCAGCAUAUACUCCACUUUUGCAGUAUUUCAAUAUCUUUUUAAAUUAAGUGAAGUAUUUAUAAACAAAUCAAAUGUAAAGCAUUAUUGUUAUUUGAACUGAACAUUUGGAGUUUUUCUGCUGUUGGUGCUAAAGAUUCAAGAGUCUCAAGAAUGAAAAUCUGUAAUAAAAAUGGAG